AUGGCGCCGAGCCCCGCGCUACCCCGCACCUUGCUCGUCUACGCCAAUAGUAAUCCGGUGCAGAACAUUCACCACCAAUCACAAACCAUUCCGGCACUUCUAGCUGUCAAAGUGAAUGACUCUAUGCAACAGAGUCCAAAUGGUUGUCCACGGCGGAGGGGUCGACAGACUUACACAAGGUUCCAAACGCUAGAACUAGAAAAGGAAUUUCAUUUCAACCACUAUUUGACACGCAGACGCAGGAUAGAGAUCGCCCACGCUCUGUGCCUCACAGAGCGACAAAUAAAAAUAUGGUUCCAGAAUCGACGUAUGAAGUUAAAGAAAGAAUUGCGGGCUGUGAAAGAAAUAAAUGAACAGGCGCGCAGGGAACGAGAGGAACAAGACAGAAUGAAACAACAGCAGCAGGAGAAGCAGGCCAAGCUGGAGAGCCAGCACCACGGGCACCACGUGACCCACCACCACGACCCCAUGAAAAUGCCAAUAGACAAGGGCUCCGGCGAUAUUCUCAAAGUGAAUAAGGUGCCGACGUAA